AUGUCUAAUUCAAUGGAUGAGAUGUUGAUUCCACCGGAUGCGAAGAGAGGAAGAAAAACUGAGGCUGAAAUUGAAGACAACAUAGACAGGCUCAGUGACUUGCAUGAUUGUAUUCUCCUUCACAUUUUGUCAUUUCUGAAAGCCAAAUACGCAGUUCGAACUUGCAUGUUAUCCAAAAGAUGGAAGAAUCUAUGGAAAUGCCUUCCAAGUCUCACAUUACAUUCCUCAGAUUUUGACACUUUCACGUUUUUCACCAAAUUUGUGUCUACCAUUUUGACCCGUCAUGAUGGCAAAACUGCGCUGCAGGCUCUCGAUUUUGAGCGUCCUGGUCUCGUCCAGUCUCCCCUCAUCAAAAGAAUAGUAAACUAUGCCGUUUCACGCAAUGUCCAUCGAUUAGGAUUAUGCGUCAAAUGUGACAUGCAGCACCUGCUACCUUGCAUUUUCACAUGCCAUACUUUAACAUCUCUUAAGCUCAUAGUUUACCCUAAAGGUUACAGUAGCGAUCUCACUUUAUUCCCCAAAUCUCUGAAUUUGCCAGCAUUAACCACCUUGCAUCUGUGGAAGUUCACCUUUUGCUCAAGCGGCAACGACCGUUGCGACCCAUUUUCAGCAUUUAAGAGGUUGAAGAGUUUGAUCAUAGACCGUUGCAAUCUAAAGGAUGCACAAACCCUCUACAUAUCAAGCAUGACGCUUGUCAGUUUAGCUCUGCUUGAUCCUCCCUCUCAGACCUUCUACAAUGUUGAGCUAUCCACACCUUGUCUUCAUAGGCUUGCUUGCACUGGUUCUCCUACUCUGCACCUCGGUGGGAGCAGUCUUUCUUCUGUUCAGGAAGUAGAUAUUGAUGCAGAUGUGUACUCAUAUUCCCCUGUACCUCCUUUGAACCUACUUAGCUGGCUUCAAGAUCUUGUUAAUAUAAGAUCAUUGACUGUUUCUACAAACACUCUUCAGGUUCUUUUCUUAGUUCCUGGUUUAUUAAAGUUUAAGUUCCCUUCAUUGGCUAACAUGAAGAGAUUGAAAAUAAAAAGGGAACCACUUUCAGAAGAGCUGAAAAUGAUAAAGAUAGUUAUGAUAAACAGCGAGAGAGAAGCUACCAAGUUACGGAAAGAAGCUGACUUGCUAUGGAAAACAAGACGGGCGCUAACUGCACCUUUGCCUGAUGGAAUAGUUGACUUUUUGAUUCAAAAUUCACCAUCAGCAGAAGUUGAAAUCAUAGAUCGCGUAUGGUGAA